AUGAAUAUGUUGCACAACAAGAAGGACUGCCCACACCCUGUGUCCGUGUGCGAAUACAUUCGGAUAUCGAUGUCACGCAUGAGGUAUCCAUUUACACAAUACCCACUGAAUAUUGCUGUGGAGAUAACUCUUAGUAUAAAGCAUCUGGCACUGGGAUUGGCGUUAGAAACGGAUUAUCCAAAAGGAACAUUGCCAAAUGAACAACUCAAUAAACAGGUAAGCUCCAUAUGCGAUUGCAAGAAGCCAAAUGUAGGCGAAGAACCUGCACAGUACUCCGGAGCAAUGGGAAGAUAUAUAGACAGCUACAUGUCCAAGUACGGUAUCGAACCUAAUCUGGAAACACAGACGGCGGAAGAGUUUAGCAGUGUAAUUAACAUCGAUGUGUUGUUUAUUAAAGACGAAAACGCAGUAAUUCACCUUGAAGAGACCAUCAAAGAUUUACAAGAUUCCGUCUUUUGCUCUGCCACUGUCACACGGACGUACUUCUUUUUCUAG